CCCCCUCCCUGCCCUCCUCCUCCUCCCCUAUGUGGUGCUCCCGGGAGCCCAGCCCAACACUGGAGCGUCUCCUGCUCGCGCAAGCCAGAAGCAGCUCGGGGUCUCUCCGCCGCCCCUUGGCCAUGGCCGCUGUGCCGACGGCGCCCGCUCCACUGCGCUCCCGGGGCCCCUGCCACUGCAGCAGCCGCUGCCGCCGCAGCUUCUGAGCCCAAGGGGCCGCCGCUGCCGCCGCCGCCGCCGCCGCCGCUCGCCCGCCCGGAUCCCGCCUGCGGCAGUUGCCGCACAACAUGCUACCUGCGGCCGCCCCGGCGGCUCCUGGAACCCCGGUUCGCGGCGAUGCCAGCCACCCCAACGAAGCCGCCGCAGUUCAGUGCUUGGAUAAUUUGAAAGUACAAUAGUUGGUUUCCCUGUCCACCCGCCCCGCUUCGCUUGCCAUCACAGCACGCCUAUCGGAUGUGAGAGGAGAAGUCCCGCUGCUCGGGCACUCUCUAUAUACGCCUAACACCUACAUAUAUUUUAAAAACAUUAAAUAUAAUUAACAAUCAAAAGAAAAAGGAGAAAAGGAAGGGAAGCAUUACUGGGUUACUAUGCACUUGCGACUGAUUUCUUGGUUUUUUAUCAUUUUGAACUUUAUGGAAUACAUCGGCAGCCAAAACGCCUCCCGGGGAAGGCGCCAGCGAAGAAUGCAUCCUAAUGUCAGUCAAGGCUGCCAAGGAGGCUGUGCAACAUGUUCAGAUUACAAUGGAUGUUUGUCAUGUAAGCCCAGACUAUUUUUUGUUCUGGAAAGAAUUGGCAUGAAGCAGAUUGGAGUGUGUCUCUCUUCAUGUCCAAGUGGAUAUUAUGGAACUCGAUAUCCAGAUAUAAAUAAGUGUACAAAAUGCAAAGCUGACUGUGAUACCUGUUUCAACAAAAAUUUCUGCACAAAAUGUAAAAGUGGAUUUUACUUACACCUUGGAAAGUGCCUUGACAAUUGCCCAGAAGGGUUGGAAGCCAACAACCAUACUAUGGAGUGUGUCAAUAUUGUGCACUGUGAGGUCAGUGAAUGGAAUCCUUGGAGUCCAUGCACGAAGAAGGGAAAAACAUGUGGCUUCAAAAGAGGGACUGAAACACGGGUCCGAGAAAUAAUGCAGCAUCCUUCAGCAAAGGGUAACCUGUGUCCCCCCACAAACGAGACAAGAAAGUGUACAGUGCAAAGGAAGAAGUGUCAGAAGGGAGAACGAGGAAAAAAAGGAAGGGAGAGGAAAAGAAAAAAACCUAAUAAAGGAGAAAGUAAAGAAGCAAUACCUGACAGCAAAGGUCUGGAAUCCAGCAAAGAAACCCCAGAGCAACGAGAAAACAAACAGCAGCAGAAGAAGCGAAAAGUCCAAGAUAAACAACAGAAAUCGGUAUCAGUCAGCACUGUACACUAGAGGGUUCCAUGAGAUUAUUGUAGACUCAUGAUGCUGCUAUCUCAACCAGAUGCCCAGGACAGGUGCUCUAGCCAUUAGGACCACAAAUGGACGUGUCAGUUAUUGCUCUGUCUAAACAACAUUCCCAGUAGUUGCUAUAUUCUUCAUACAAGCAUAGUUAACAACAAAGAGCCAAAAGUUCAAAGAAGGGAUACUUUCAGAUGGUUGUCUUAUGUGCUUCUCUGCAUUUUUAGAAGACAAGAAAUUUUUGUACAUAUUAUCAAUAGGCUAUAAGAUGUAACAGCGUAAUGAUGACAUCUGGAGAAGAAACAUCUUUUCCUUAUAAAAAUGUGUUUUCAAGCUGUUGUUUUAAGAAGCAAAAGAUAAUUCUGCAAAUUCAAAGACACACUAUCCCUUCAAAACAAAUAGGAGAUCAGGGAAGAGAAACAUCCUUCAAAGGACAGUGUUGUUUUGACCGGGAGAGCUAGAGAAUGCUCAGAAUUAGGGCCUGGCAUUUGGAAUCAUAGGAUUUAUCAUCACAGAAACAACUGUUUUAAGAUUAGUUCCAUCACCCUCAUCAUGUAUUUUUGUGAGAAACACAAGAGUGCAUACCAGAAUUGAAUAUACCAUAUGGGAUUGGAGAAAGACAAAAUGUGGAAGAAAUCAUAGAGCUGGAGACUACUUUUGUGCUUUACAAAACUGUGAAGGAUUGUGGUCACCUGGAACAGGUCUCCAAUCUAUGUUAGCACUAUGUGGUUCAGCCUCUGUUACCCCUUGGAUUAUAUAAUAUCAACCUGUAAACAUGUGCCUGUAACUUACUUCCAAAAACAAAAUCAUACUUAUUAGAAGAAAAUUCUGAUUUUAUAGAAAACAAAAAAUAGAGCAAGGAGAAUAUAACAUGUUUGCAAAGUAAUGUGUUUUCUUUCUGAAUGAGGGAAAAACAAUUUUAUUACCUGCUUAAUUGUCCACCUGGAACUAAAAGGGAUACUACUUUCUAACAAGGUAUAUCUAGUAGGGGAGAAAGCCACCACAAUAAAUAUAUUUGUUAAUAGUUUUUAAAAU